GGCACUUAUAUUACGGCGGUUUUAAAGAACCGCCGUAAUAUCCAGACGUUAUGGCGUUUUUGGUUGUUGCCAUAAUUAACUGUGUAUUUAAUGGCAGUUCUGGUGAUUAUGGCGGUUUUGAACCGCCAUUAUCCCACAUAUAUAAAAGGAAAAAGUGCAAUCCUUAACUGAAACACUGUGCAUAUACACACGAUGGCUCGCUCAAUCUCCCUUCUAUCUCUCCCUCGUCCUCGUGCUCAAUCCAUCGCUACCGCCACUUUCACCCUCCACCAUCGCUUCCUCUUCAACAGAAUCAAAGGUUCCAAGCCACCACCUUGUUUCCCCAUUGUAUGACGAUAGCGGAUCUCCUUUCAGAUCUCGAAUCUUCUCCGGUGACAUAUCCUCCGGCGACGACCUCCUUUGGCCACAUCUCUUCCCAUGGUAAUCUCCUCCGGUGAUGUCACCUCCAGCUUCCUCUCCUUUCCAUCCUAGCUCUGCGCCUUCUUUGCCAAAAUCCUCAGCGCCUCCCUCAGCGUCUUUUUCGAUGACAUCUCUCUAUUGAAGAUCUGUAAAUCUAAGCCAUCACAAACAGAAUAAGCACAACUCUCCCCUGCUUCCUCUGUUCUUCUUUGGCAGAAAAUUUAUGGGAGAAAGCCCUGGUGAGUGAAGCAUCAAUUUUCUUCUUAAUUUGUUAUUCUUUGGUUCAUUUAUGGCAACACUAACUAACUGGAACCUGAUUCUCCGGUUAUCCAGAGAGAACUGCGGUGAAAAGAUAGAUGAAUUUCUUAAGAGAUGCUUCUACCAUUCUGGUCAGUAUGACUCUCAGGAAAACUUUGCAGCACUGGACAAGAAGCUUAAGGAACAUGAGAAUGGGAAAGCUUCUAAUCGCCUGUUCUAUCUAUCAAUUCCUCCAAACAUAUUCAUAGAUGCUGUAAAAUGUGCCAGUUUAUCAGCAUCUUCUGGUAAUGGUUGGACAAGAGUCAUUGUUGAGAAGCCUUUUGGUCGAGAUUCAGAAUCUUCGGCUGCUUUAACAAAAUCGCUCAAGCAGUAUCUUCGUGAGGAUCAAAUUUUCAGGUUUUCUACCUAAACCGAUUAUGUAAUCUACUUCACAAAGGAGCUACAAGUAGAUGACUCGUCACUUUACAGGUCAGUAAUUUUAAGUUAUCUGAUAACUUUACUUUUAACUAACACAUUCUUAUUUUGGUCAAAACAAUAAAUGAGACUCUUUUGGC